GAUUUACAGCCGGCGAGGUGACGGAGAUGCGGUGGUUUUGGUUUAUUCAUUGGCGGAUCUGUUAGCGAGAAAAAUGGUUAUAGGAUGUGUAAAAUAUCAUCUAGCAACUUUCAAUUUUUUUUUUCAUAUAAAAAUUACAUUUUGAAAAAGGAAUAGAGGAUAAAAAUGUUUUUGGUAGAUGAAUAUAAAAAAUGAUGAGGCCAAUGAUGAGGAUAUGAUGUCGCAUUAAUUUUUCUGAUGAGUCAUCCAUGUCAGACCGAGUGAGGAACACGCAGUGACAGAGGGGCUUAAAAUGCUUAUUUUUUAAGGGUAGAGGCAUUUAGUUGGCAAACUCGUAAAGUACGAACACUGGCAUAACAAAAUUGGAUAAGUACAGGGGCAUCCCAGGCUAUUCCGCCUAAAUUAAAAUAUGAAUAAGAGAAGAUUUUGUUGAUUUGUGGGGACCAUGUCUACAUGACAUGAAAAAUUGAUUUAUUUUGCCAUGUCAAAUCUAUUUUAUGAUGAUAAAUUUGAUUGAGUGAUUUUAUAUGAGAAAAGCCGUGAGCGAUUUUAUGAUACAAAAUAAAGUUGAAUGACUUUACCACAUAAUUUCUUAUAGUUGAGUGAUCUUUUGAGAUAUUUACUCCAGAAUAAUGUACAUCCUAGGUUUGAGUGAUCUUCCACUAUAAUAAUGCUGCACAUUAUCGGUUUCUUCACUUGUUCCAUCUGCUUGACUGUUUCUGUAAUAGAAUGAUCCAGGAUCUUGGCUUAACCCACGAAAACAAGGUAUCUUCUUUUGCUUCUUAUUUAUGUGGGACUUUGGGAUUAGUAAAAUGCUUGGCUUGAACCAUGAAAACAAGAUGAUAUAUUAUCUAGGAAUAUCAGACUCAAACUAGAAUGUGUCAAAAGGCAUUGGCAAGUAAAUAAGAUAUACAAGGUUAUGGAAAAUAAAUGACAUCACCUAUAUCACUGCUUAAAUAGCUGGCUGCACAAGUUAGUCUUCCAGUAAGCAGCAAGCUAAUCAGAUGAUGGCAGAGAUGAAUAGCUACAUCAUUCUAUUCCUCUCAUGGCUCAUCCCGACGAUCUUGCUUCGAGCUUUGUUCAGAAAGCGUCCCACUUGUCGCCUUCCUCCAGGUCCCUUUGCUCUUCCAAUCAUAGGCCACUUCCAUGUCCUCGCUCCGUUGCUUCACCAAUCAUUUCAGAAGCUCUCUGAUAAAUAUGGACCCUUGAUGCUCCUAUGGUUUGGUUCUGUACCGUGUGCAGUUGUUUCUUCGCCAGAAAUGGCCAAAGAAUUCCUCAAAACUCACGAGACAUCCUUCUCUGAUCGACCUCUAACAGCAACUAUUGAUUAUCUAACUUAUGGCUCACAGGGUUUCGCAUUUGCACCAUAUGGACCUUACUGGAGGUUUAUGAAGAAACUAUGCAUGACUGAACUCCUUGGUGGAAAAACACUGCAACUGUUGCAUCCUGUUAGAAGUCAGGAAAUAAACAAGUUCAUUGAAUUACUGUUAAUCAAGGCCAAAGCAGGGGAAACAGUAGAUGUUGGACGUGAACUUGUAAUGUUGACAAAUAAUGUGAUUUCAAGAAUGGCUACGAGUACGAGGUGCUCUGGGACUGAAGAUGAAGCUGGGAAUAUAAGGAAACUCAGUCAAGAGGCAACUGAGCUGAUUGGAAAGUUCAAUCCAUCAGAUUAUAUUAAAUUUUUAAAGAACGUAGAUUUGCACGGAUAUGGGAAGAAGCUCAAGGAUGUUUGCAACAGGAUCGAUAUGGUGAUGGAAAGAACAAUAAUUGAACACCAAGAGGCGAACAUAAAGAGGAACGGAUCAGGUGAAGUAAUAAAAGAUCUGCUUGAUAUUUUACUUGAUAUAUCUGAAGACGAGAGCUCAGAGAGAAAACUGACAAGAGAGAAUAUCAAGGCUUUCAUCCAGGACUUAUUUGUUGCUGGAACCGAUACAUCAGCUGUUACUAUAGAGUGGGUGAUGGCCGCGCUAAUCAACCAUCCAAACAUUAUGCAGAAAGCAGCACAAGAAAUUGAUUCUGUUAUUGGGAAGAGCCGACUCGUGGAAGAAUCAGAUAUUGAAGACCUACCUUACCUUCAAGCCAUCUUGAAGGAAACUAUGAGACUUCAUCCCACCAUACCACUGAUUGUUAGAGCAUCAAAUGAAGACUGUAGUGUCGGAGGAUACCACAUACCGGCAAAGUCCACACUAAUGGUUAACGUUUGGGCUAUUAAUAGGGAUCCAAAAUAUUGGGAAAAUCCACUUGAAUUUAAACCAGAAAGGUUCCUGAAUGAAGAUGGAAGCACUAAAACUCAACUUGACUUGAGGGGACAACAUUACCAGUUUUUGCCAUUUGGGAGCGGGAGAAGAGGUUGCCCUGGAAUAACAUUAGCAUUACAAGUAAUUUUAACAACCCUUGCUGCCAUGAUUCAGUGCUUUGAAUGGAGACUUAGUGACAAAGAUACUGGAAAAAUUGACAUGGAAGCGAGACCUGGGAUCACCCUUCGCAUAGCUAAUACUCUAAAUUGUGUUCCAGUAGCGAGACUUCGUCCAUUUCCAACUAUGUCUACUUAAAGAGGCUAGACCAGCAUGCGCCUAUGUAACCAAAUCAUUUCUAUUUGGGUGGUUAAAACUCUUCAUACAAGUAGUAUAUAUGUA